AUACCUGCUGAUGUAGGAGUGGAGCAUGUUGGUGGAGAUGUAUUUGAAAGCAUCCCCAAUGGAGACGCUUUGUUCCUGAAGUGGGUUCUCCAUGACUGGGACGAUGAGGACAGCCUGAAGAUACUGAAGAACUGCUGGAAAGCAGUCCCAGAAAACGGGAAGGUGAUAAUUGUAGAUUCCAUUCUUCCUGAAACUCCAGAUUCUACGGAUUUAACUCACUGCAUCUUGCACGCUGACGUCAUAAUGCUUCUGGAGAGUCCGAGUGGAAGGGAGAGGACAGAGAAAGAGUUCAGAGCAUUGGCCAAAAAAGCUGGAUUUAGUGGCUUCAGCAUUCUCUGCAACUUCUCCAAUGCUUCCAUAAUGGAGCUCAGCAAAUAGUUUAUUGUUUCAUUCUGCACUGCGGAUGGGGUUUUCUACUGUUGUUCAAGUUUUUUGUCUUUUUGAAUUUUGGUUUAUGUGAUGGUAAGAAUGGGUGUGUUAUGAAAUAGGAAAAUUUAGAAGUGGUUUGUGAUGCUAUUCCUUUGUCGUUGUACAACAUGUUAUAGAUUAUAAUGGAGUUCAAAAGAAUGUUGGAUGCAUGAUACAAAAUGAUGCAGUGUGUUCGAGGAUGAUUUGAAUUGUAUGUUAUGGUUCUUUGAUUGCUCUGAAUUCAGAUCAAAUAAUUCAU